AUGACGGCAACAUUCAAAACACUAAACACUAUGUUUGAGUUUAACGUCUCUACACUUUUCCUGUAUGGAUUUUGUCUAUCAGCCUGGGCAAGUUGUAUGCAAAUUCAGGGUAAAAUAUGUUUGGCCAUGAGCAGAAAUCUUGAGCUCGACAACUACGUUCUUAAUGAAACUAAAUUCCGAAUCCAAGCUAUCCACGAGAUAAAUCGGCCUCAGUGUGUUCAUCAAUGUUUGAGACAUGGGAAAGAGUGUGAGGGGGUUUUGGUGAACGAAAUCCUCCAGUACUGUUGGCUACUAAAAUGUUCCAUGAAUCAGAGAUUUAUACAAAAAGGUUUUAUGGAAAUGGCAAGUGGAUGGAACUUCUACAAAAACGACAACGCAUGUAAGCCUGGAUGGACUCCAUACAGCAGCCAUUGCUACUAUUUUGGAAAUUCUGUCAAAUACACAUGGAAUGAAACUUUGUUUCAUUGCAAAGAGCUUGGAGGUUAUCUGGUCAGAAUCGAAAACGAAGAAGAAAACACGUGGCUUAAAACAAUCUUUCCUAUUGAUGAAAUUGAAGCGGACAAAUAUUUUGCGUUUGCUGUUUGGAUAGGUGCUAUCAGUUUGUCACCUACCGGACCGUACAAAUGGGGACUUUCCGGACCAACCCUGGACUACCAGCCUUGGUAUCCGGGGGAACCUACUAAUGAUGCCGGGGAGUUAUGCGUCAAUUUAUUGGCAUCAGGGUUGUGGAACAACGUUCCUUGUAUGCUUCGUUACUAUUUUAUAUGCGAAAGUGAAUAAACGAUUGUAUCAAUUUUGACUUCAGCCGCGAAUCUUCUGUCUAAUCAAUGAUAUGUAUCCUUUCGGGAAUCUAGCUUUUAAUCAAAGACUUGUGUCCACUUGUCAACUUUUUGUCUAAUCAAUGACAUAUGUCUACUCGUGAAUCUACUGUCUAAUGAAUUAUAAGUGUAUACUCGUGAAUAUACUCUCUAAUCAAUGAUAUGUGUCAAUUCGUGGAUUAAUGAUAUGUGUCUACUCUACUGGUUAAUCAAUGACGUGUCUAUCGUUAACCUACCGUUUAAUCAAAAACAAUUGUCUAAUCGUAAAUGGUAUGUCUAAUCAAUGAUAUGCGUCUACUCGUGAAUCUACUGUCUAAACAAUGACACGUGUCUACUUGUGAAUCUUCUAACAUCAUGAUGUGUCUACUUGUGAAUAUUCUGUCUAAUCAAUCACACUGUCUACUUAAUUCGACCUCUAAGAAAUGAAUCUCCUUUUUUUAAUUCAUGGAUGAUCUUCGGAUUUUGAUACCUUUCGAGAAAUGAAUAUUGCUAAACUUUCAACUUGAGUUAAUAAAUUAUAUAAAAAAAAUUGUUUUUAUUCUUUUUCAAAAUCCAAUUUGUACAUUUUCAGGGGCUGAAUGACCCCUAUAUAGGGAUUGUUAUGUUUUGUUUUUAAAUAACAUUAUUGGGCAUAAAGGAAAAUAAGAUAAAAAAAAUAUCAAAGCAUAUAUGCAAGCAUAACUUACACAUCUUAUUG